AUGGCGCUUCACAAGCUCUAUCGUCCAGAACGUAUUACACCAGCUAAGAGAGGAGAGGAACUGCUCAGGACUCCGCGACUCAACAAGGGUAUGGCUUUCUCGCUGUUCGAACGCCAAUACCUUGGCAUUCAUGGACUUCUGCCACCAGCAUUCAUGACAGAAGAACAGCAAGCGUAUCGGGUUAUGGCCAAACUUCGACAACAACCCGACAACCUAGCUAAGUACAUCCAAUUAGACGCUCUGCAAGAUCGAACUGAAAAGCUCUUCUAUCGUGUACUCUGUGAUAACAUCAAAGAACUAAUGCCAAUCGUCUAUACCCCGACGGUUGGUUUGGCGUGUCAAAAAUUCGGUUUUAUCUACAGAAAUCCAAAAGGCCUUUAUGUAACCAUCAACGACAACAGCAUUAGCAAAAUCUAUCAGAUUUUGAGUAAUUGGCCAACUAGGAAUGUAAAGGCAAUUGUGGUGACAGAUGGGGAACGAAUUCUUGGACUGGGCGACCUUGGCACUUACGGGAUCGGAAUACCUGUCGGAAAGCUCGCACUAUACGUGGCACUUGCCGGUGUGCAACCGGAGUGGUGCUUGCCGAUCAUCAUCGAUGUUGGUACUGAUAACCAGGGCUUACUUAACGAUCCCUUCUAUACUGGUCUUAGGCGAAAGCGGGUUCGAGGAGAGCAGUACGACCUUCUUAUGGAUAAUUUCAUGAAAGCCUGCACUAAAAGGUUUGGUCGUGACACUCUUAUCCAGUUUGAAGACUUUGCAAAUCAAAACGCUUUCCGCCUGUUGGACAGGUACAAGGACGAAUACUGCGUGUUCAACGACGACAUUCAAGGAACUGCUGCCGUUGUGGUAGCAGGUCUAAUGGCUGCCACCAGGAUAACGAAUCGUGAACUUCACAAGCACAAGCAGCCACAGGGGUGGCGGAACUUGUGCGUGAAGCAGAUGACCGAGGAAGGUCUUAGCGAAGAGGAGGCAUGUGCCAAUAUCUAUUUGAUGGACAUAGAUGGGUUGAUCACGAAAAGUCGCAUCAAUAACUUGCAAGAUCGUCAUCUGAAGUUUGCCAAGGAUAUGCCUGACACGAAAAACCUGCUAGAAGUAGUAAAAACCGUGAAACCGGAUGGUGCAUCCACCGUUGGAGGAUCGUUUUCGGAAGAGAUUAUCACCGAAAUGGCUCGUAUCAACCCAAGGCCUAUCAUAUUUGCCCUGUCGAAUCCUACAAGUAAAGCAGAAUGCACAGCAGAGGACGCUUAUCGAAUAACAAAUGGGUCUGUAUUAUUUGCAUCCGGGUCGCCAUUUGAAAAUGUGGAAAUGGACGGGAGAAUUUUCAAGCCGGGUCAAGGUAACAACGCGUACAUUUUCCCCAGGCCAAACACAAUAUCGGACAAGGCUUUUUUACUUGCAGCACGUAGAUGCGCCGAAUUUGUAACAGAACGGUCGUUACAUACAUAUUCGCGUCUGUAUCCUCGGCUCAAGGACAUUCGGGAACUGUCCGUUUUGAUCGCUAUUGACGUAGGAAACUAUCUUUUCAAACACAACCUCGCCACUCUUCAUCCAGAGCCAGAAGACAAGGAGAUGUUCAUUCGGCAACAAAUCUAUUCCGUCGAAUACGAGGAGCUUAUUAACAAGACGUACUCCUGGCCAACUAAAGACAUGAAGCACGGCUUCCCAGUGCCGGUCAUGGAACGAAGUUCAAUGGAUGAAGAAUAG